CAGGAGCGAAGCUUCAUGGAGGAGUUGAAGGAUACGAGCAUCCACCAUACGGCCCUUCGGCUGGUGGAGGAUGUCAAAACGAUGAAACUGUACGGGAACCUCUACAAAAUGGUGCAGAAACUAUCCUGCUCACCGGAGGUGGACAAGGACGACAUGAAGCAGACGCUCGAGGGCGCGAUCAAGGCGAACGGGCUCGAGAUCGAGAUCCGCAACGUGAUCUACCAUCUCAUCCGGAACUCCGUGAAAAGUGAUGCUCGUCCAACGCCGGCCAGCAGCGAUCCGUUGAACUAUCUACGCCGAGCAGGUAUCCAAUGGGAACGGCGGGUCCGCAAGUCGUUGAACUCGAUGUGCUCGGAAUCGAAAGCGCAACUGCACGGUCAGAUGCGAACCGCGUCCGACCGGGAGGAGAUCCUCUCAAAGUGGGACGAGCUCAGCACCUAUCAGAUCGAUCUCAGCAACUAUCGACCGGUGUACGCUCCCAAAGAUCUGCUCGACGUGCUGCUAUCGCUCAAGGGACCGGUGAAGCAGGAUGAGACUGAUUUUUUGCCUAAAUGGGAGUUCUCACACAUAUCGUUAACGGUGAAGAACCUGUUCGAGUUGCGAGUGCACUUCUCCGAGCUGCUGAGGAACGAUAACAAUUUUGGUGAUUGGUCGGCGACAUGUCAGAAGAUUCUCAAAACCCGCCACGCGCCACUUUGCCAACAGGCACUGAAAAAAGGCGUCACACCACCACCACAGCGAGGCGCUCUCUGGUCCUACGUUUUAGGGAGUCAGGUGGAACAGCACCAUAUCGAACACUGGGAAGGACUACGACAGUCGGUGCUAACCAACGAAUCGAUCGUGGACAAGCUGGUGUUCAAAGACGUGCAACUUACCGCAACUAACGAUGAUCGUUAUUUCGUGUUUGAGGAUGUCCUUUACCAGAUCAUGUUGUGCUUCAGCCGAGACUCGGAAAUUAGCCAACUCAUACAGGUGGAGUUUACCAACUCUGCCAAGGCAAAGCAGUAUGAAGGACCACCAUGUGGAUUCGUGCCUUUCCAUGGUAUAUGCAUGUUGGCAGCUCCAUUCUGCUACCUCUAUGAUAAUCCCGUCUCACUGUACUACACCUUCCGGGCGUUUUACAUACGCUACUGCCACCGAUUGACAACGAUCAAUACGCAUCCGCAAGGGAUCGUGAGCUUGUGUCUGCUGUUUGAGAAGCUGUUGCAGACACACGAACCACAGCUGUGGUCACAUUUCCGAGAACUGCAAAUUCAACCGAUUCGCGUCGUGUUCAAAUGGUUGAUGCGCGCGUUCAGCGGCCACUUACCACCGGAACAGCUACUCAUACUGUGGGAUUUGAUACUGGGUUACGAUAGCUUGGAAAUACUUUCCCUACUUGCUAUCAUCAUACUGAGCUUUCGCCGCGAAAGCCUCAUGCAAGUGACCUCAGUGGAGAACAUUGAAGCCAUCCUUUCCGAUCUAUCCUCCGUCAAAGUACUGCCACUGAUUCAGCUGACACUCUCUCGCGACUAACGCCCCGUUUGGAAACUGCCGAUGAAAAACCUACCACUACUGCCGGGAACAAAUAAAUCUUUUUUUUUUUGGAUCAACAUUUUAAACAAGUACAUUUGCAUUGUUUUAUUUAUCUCCUGGCUGGCAGUG